AUGACGUCCAGAGAAACGCAAGUGCCCACGGUGGCGAAAGAGGAAAAGGCAAAACCACUGCCGUUUCGGUAUCAGUUUGCUGCUGGUGCUGUGGCGGGGAUCUCGGAGAUUGUAGCAAGGUACCCUUUAGAUGUCGUCAAAACUCGAAUACAGCUUCAACAUGGGAAAUCCAUUGAUGGACAUGGAUACUCAGGAGUGUUGGAUUGCUUUCGGAAGAUCAUAAAGAACGAAGGGGUAGCACGACUAUACCGCGGAAUCACCGCCCCAAUAUUAAUGGAGGUUCCUAAAAGAGCCAUCAAAUUCUCCUCAAACGACACCUUCGCGCCGCUCUACCAACGACUCUUCAACGCCCCUAGCCUCACGCAACCCCUUGCAAUCCUGACGGGUGCUAGCGCAGGAGCGACAGAGUCGCUCGUCGUGGUUCCUUUCGAGUUGCUAAAAAUCCGACUGCAGGAUAAAACUUCUGCCUCCAGGUAUUCCGGGCUGCUAGACUGCCUUGUUAAGGUUGUGAGACAUGAAGGUCCGCUUGCGUUGUAUAAUGGCUUUGAGGCAACGCUCUGGAGACAUAUCGUCUGGAAUGCAGGCUAUUUUGGCUGUAUCUUUCAGGUCCGCGCGCAGUUGCCACAGCCGGAGUCGAGUCAGAAUCCGAAGGUGCAGAAGAUGGUGAAUGAUUUAGCGGCAGGGUUUGUAGGCGGUGUGGUAGGUACAACGUUUAAUACGCCACUUGAUGUGGUGAAGAGUCGGAUUCAGAGCGUCGCAAAGGUGGAGGGGGUCAGAGCGAAGUAUGAGUGGGCGUGGCCGAGUUUGGCGGUUGUGGCGAGAGAGGAGGGAUUCAUGGCGCUCUACAAGGGAUACGUAGCCAAGAUAUUAAGGUUUGGACCUGGUGGAGGUGUGCUUUUAGUCGUAUAUUCCGCGGUUUUGGAGAUGUUUGAAAAUGUAGUGUAG